AGAAGGCGAUUAAGUGUUUGUGUGUGCGCGUCGGCCAUGACUGACAAGAGAGGAUGGGUGUACGACGUUCGCAGUGAAGUCAGGUGAUGAACAAAGAUCGGUCUUACACAGCGAGAUAGGAGCACCAGCACAUGUAGCAAUGACAUCAUGCAACUACCAUUACAGAAUUACUCGGCACACACCGCUUGAAGCACUCACUGUCGACCUCUCUUGACUCGCUUGGCCUCAUUCACCACAUCUCUAACUUCCUGCUGCUGCUGCUGCUGCUGCUGUGGGCAGCUGAUGACGAGCGCCGCGUUGCCCUCCUCCCAGCGAUCAGCAUCGACACCAUCCUUCUGCUGAUACCCCUUCCACAACUGCACACACGCAACACAAACCACAUGGCCGUGUGUGGACGUUUGGCUGUGAGUGAGUGUGUGGAUGCCCGCUGCGUACCUCAAACCAGUAGGCGACGAACUGAUAGGGCGCGUAUUUAGCGUAGUGCUGCUUGGCCUUCUUGGUGAUGUCAGCCAGACUGCCGAUCACCUUGUGACACUCACGGAAGUGCCUGACAGUGCGAGGGACACCCACGCAGAACGUAUGUUGGUGUAUAUCCCGGUGCAUCCAUCAUGCGCGAAUGCAAUGCAUACCUGACGGUUUCAGAGUCGUAAGGAAAUGUCUCGAGGAAGCCCAUGAGCUGCAGCACGUUGUUGGUUGCGAAGGGCCCGAAGCCGUUCAGCGACAGACACGCAUCCCACACCUACAGCAUCAGCAUCAGCAUCCAUUCUUGCGUCGACUUUCUGGUGUGUAGUUCGAUGUGUGCGUACCUUACCUCCUGCUGUGUUCUGUCAGAGUGCUCCCACCACGCCACAUCAAUCGUGCCGUCGGUAAAGGCACUCGCCAACCUGAUUGAUGCACGCACAUAUUGCGCCACUGAAGGCUGCCAUCUAUCGUCUGCGUCCGUGUGGUGUGCCUUAUCUACUUGUACAGUCUUGUGGCUCGAUAGCCGAGGUUACACUCCCUCUGCAGCCACUCUGGCGAGAAUUUGAGGACGUCAGAGGGAGAGGGGAACGAACCCAUGUGAGACGACACCUGCACACAGCACAGACAUGGAUGAAUGCAUGGGUCGAUGGCGUGUACCUACCUACCUUACCUUGUCGCAGAGCAGCCUGUUCAUGAUGCACGUCCGCUUCCAAUGCACAUUGCACACGGUUAUGGUCUUCACCUGGUGAUAUACAGCAGGUGGACCAGUGAGUGUUUCUCCCACGGAUGACGGACGGACGAUUCUGACCAUAUCUUCCCAUAGUGUUGGGCUCCUGAACAGCCGACCGAAACCCAAUGACUUGGCCUCACUGCAGUCAGCACAACACAUCAGGAGUGGUGCAUGGAUGGGCAAAGGAGUGCGGUGCCUCGACCCACCUGUGCAGCGACCACCAGGAGUCGAUGGGGAACGACACCCGACACAUGCGGCAGAUCUGAAUACGAUAGAUGUCAGCCAGGCCAAGUGUGGGUGAGUGUCAGGUGACAUGCAGGUCAUGCUGUCCUACCUGUUGCUUGAUCUCGCCCAAAUGGCCAUCAUCCAGAGGGCAGCUGGUGGCGACACUCACACUACAGACAGACACACAGUCAUGAACACUACCAUUGCCAUUCCCUUGGAUUCUGCUUACUCGAUGGUGCCUUGUCCCAUUGUGAGAGUGACGUCACACACGUGCUGCCCCUUCUCGCCAUAUCUGAGCGGUCGCUUGAAGACGCCGUGGUCAGUCGACAGAGAGGGAGGCGGGGGACACCACUGGAAGGCACAGGUGCGACAGGCAGAUCAAGCACAGUUGUCUGUGUGCCUGGCUCACUUUGUUUGGUGCCAACACGAAAAAGCCAUAGGAGCCUACAGAGCGAACACAUGAAAAUUCAUCAGCAUGUGAGUACGCCAGCAGCAGCUAGUGCUCACAAAUGGACUUCGCUAGAUCAAAGUCAUCUGCCACAUCAAUGGUCACAGAGACCUCUCUCAAUGAGGAUGAAUCACUCUGCGUAGAGCCAUCUGCACCACAACGCAUAGAUCUGCUGCAUCAGGUGCAUCCGUUCCUGUCAUGGUACAGUAUGACCUGUCGUGCUUUGGGAGCUUUGGCUGCGUAGGACUUCCGUGCUGCUCCGUAGCCGCUUCGUCGACAUCGCAGAAGGCAGAUCUUGCCCCCAAUGCCUUCUUUGGUUGGUUGGUUGGUUAUUGUGUUUAACGAGACUCGUGUCUGUAACCCCGAGGGGAUCCUGUCCAGGUCACGCACUAAACUAGCAGCAUGCACAUGCAUAGAAGCAUGCACACGGCCUGUCUCCC